AUAUAAAUAUGCAUAUAUGAAUGCAACGUUCAUUCGCAUCGAAACCAUACUUGAGGUGUGUAUCUUGGAUAGUUGCAAAAACGAAAAAAAGGGAUACGAGAUGAAGGUAGUGAUAUUUGUCUUCGCACUACUCGCCACGAUAUGCGCAGCAUUCGCAUAUGUACCAUUACCAAAUAUACCACAACCGGCAAGUCGUCCGCUUCCAACGUUUUACGGUCAAGGACCGUUCAAUCCGAAAAAUAAAUGGCCUCAACACUAUUAAUCGUCAAAUCGACAA